GCAGAUAGGGCACAAGAUUCUUUUCCCCCUCGGGUUUGGGAAUUUGGCCGCUCCCAAAAUCUCAAUAGAAACUCGUUCUUUCCCCUUCUCCUUCCUCCUGAAAACCCUAAUCUCCGCCGCCGGUCGCCGCCGCUGUCGCCAAGAUGUCGCACUUCGGGAGAUCUGGUCCUCCGGACAUCAGAGACACCUACUCUCUCCUCGUCCUCAACAUCACUUUCCGUACCACCGCAGAUGAUCUUUUCCCACUCUUCGACCGGUACGGCAAGGUCGUCGACGUCUUCAUCCCCAGAGACAGAAGGACUGGUGAAUCGCGAGGGUUCGCGUUUGUUCGGUACAAGUACGCGGACGAGGCACAGAAGGCCGUGGAAAAGCUGGAUGGAAGAGUUGUAGAUGGUAGAGAGAUUAUGGUUCAAUUUGCCAAGUACGGCCCCAAUGCCGAGCGAAUUCAUAAGGGCAGGAUAAUUGAAUCCGCUUCAAAAUUCCGGAGCAAGUCCAGAAGCCGUAGCCCUCGUCCACGGUAUCGCGAUGAGAAUAGGGAUAGAGAUAGGAGAAGAAGUCGCAGUCGAAGUAGAGACAGAUAUGACCGUGACAAGUACCAUAGGAGUGAGAAAGAGAGUCGUUAUCGUAGCAGGAGCCGCAGUGUAAGUCCUGACUACCACAAAGACCGUGGGAGGGGCCGAUAUGAUGAUGAGCGGCGCAGUCGGAGCCGGUCCUAUGAGAGUGCCUCCCCUGUUCGGCGUAGUCCUAAAUCUCGAAGGAGCCCAUCUCCUCGUAGGACACCUUCGAGGGGUGAAAACCCUGAAAUACGCGACCUUAAUGAACGUUCUCCUGCCUCAAAGGAUGCUUCACCGCGUGGUAAACGAGCUGAUUCUCGAAGUGCUUCUCCUCAUAGAUCUGAUGCUGAGGACUGAUGGAGCAGCAUACAACAUUAUCAGAGAGUAUUAUAUUGGCUUGAGGCAUCGUGUCUACAUUCAUGCUCGGGAAAAAAAUAGUCGAGUUUCAUGUUAUCGCCAUGUCGAAUGUUAUUUAGCUGCCCUGCAGUUUUGUCGAAGGUUGAACAUUUCAAUGUUGGACAGUCCGUUAGCUGUUUCUUGUGUUGAUGGUAGACUCUGUACUCUGAUAUAACUUGAGCUCUUGCAGUGUCUUUUACUAGGGUAUUAGGAAAUUCGUGCCUAGGAGGAGGAUUCGUAUUUUGUUUAAUAGUACAUUGUUACUAUAUCUUGGUUUUUGUGCUUCUCCUU